AUGAAGCCCCAUCUUCGGAUUGCAGAGGAUCGCGAUGCCAGGGAACCGGUUUCGCAGAAAAUGAUUUACUGCCGCGCAGAUUUCUUCAUCAUCAGAAGCUCGCGAGAUGCCUGCGAUGCCUCCGUGUGCAUAUGCCCCAGAGUUGCGUACUUUUCAAAUGCGCCAGGACCGAUCUGUCGAGUUCUGCCCUGGUGCUUCCAUUUACAAGACCAGGUCCAGAAGAUGAACGAGAUUCGCCUCAGAGGGUGCUUCGCGAACGGCGGCGGCCAGAUGCUUCAAUUCGGCGGAAUGAGCAAGAUCAAGCUUUUUCCAUCUCCUUCCUAUGAGGUCAAGCAGCCCAAGGAUUCAGUAGUACCACGCCUGCCAAUGACGGGAAUUCUAGUUGGACCGAGCAAGAGCGGCAAGAGCACGGCCCUCGUAAGCAUGAUUCUGGAGCAGUAUCGCGGCUGCUUCGAGAGAGUCAUCAUUUUCAGUCCUAGCAUCAACGUGGAUGACAGUUGGCGGCCCGUAAAGAAGUACAUCGAGGAGGUCAU